AUGGUCUUAGCGGAGCUUGGCGAGCAGAUCACGGGCGCCUUGCGCCGACUCCACACCGCGACCGUUAUCGAUGAACAGGUCGUGCAGGAGUGCGUGAUGGCGGUCUGCCGCGCGCUGCUGCAGGCUGACGUCCAUGUCAGGGUGGUGCAGCAGUUCAAAGGCGCAGUGACGGCGAGCAUCAACAACCAGCUCCGCUCGCAGUCGCAGGCUGCGGGCGCCGCGCCCUCCAGCAAGCCCGCGGGCGAGAAGGCCCGCGGGGGCGCGGGACCUUCCUACAAGUACGACACCUCGACCGGCGCGACGACGGAGGCCGGCGCGGCCUCGAGCAAAGACACUUUCCAAGAAAUCAACACGCGCGCGGCUGCCGUCGGCGUGAACUCCCGAAAAAUCAUUCAGAAAUGCGUCAUCUCGGAGCUGGUGGCCAUGCUCACGCCUGAGCGCCAGCCGUACGUACCGCGCAAGGGGGCAACAAACGUCGUCAUGUUUGUCGGGCUGCAGGGAAGCGGCAAAACCACCACUUGCACCAAAUAUGCGCAUUUUUAUCAACGCAAAGGCUGGAGAGUGGCGCUCGUCUGCGCAGACACGUUCCGCGCGGGUGCCUUUGAUCAGUUGAAGCAGAACGCGACGAAAGUCAGGAUUCCUUUCUACGGCAGUUACACGGAAGCCGACCCCGUCAAGAUCGCGGAGGAAGGUGUGGAGCAGUUCAGAAAGGAAAAGUACGAUCUCAUCAUCGUCGACACGUCCGGCCGACACAAACAAGAAGCUGCUCUCUUUGACGAAAUGAAACAAGUCGCUGAGGCAAUCGACCCGGAUGACGUCGUGUUUGUGAUGGACAGCCACAUCGGCCAGGCUUGCUUUGAGCAGGCGCAGGCCUUCACCGAGAGCGUAGACGUGGGAAGCGUCAUCAUCACCAAGCUCGACGGCCAUGCAAAGGGCGGUGGCGCGCUCUCUGCAGUCGCCGCGACAGGCUCGCCGAUCAUUUUCCUUGGUUCCGGAGAGCAUUUCGAUGACUUUGAGGCGUUUGAGGCGAACUCGUUCGUGUCCAGACUUCUCGGUCUCGGCGACGUCGGCGGCCUCUUCUCGACGCUGAAGGAGAUGGUUAGCGUGGAGAAGCAGCAGGAGCUGAUGGACCGACUGAGCAAGGGACGAUUCUCCCUCGAAGACAUGGGCGAGCAGUUUCGCAACGUCCUGAAAAUGGGUCCAAUCAGCAAGGUCAUGAGCAUGGUACCAGGCAUUGGAAGCAAUUUGAUCUCGAAAGGACAGGAACAGGCGGGCGUUCAGCGCAUCAAGCGCUUCCUCUGCAUCAUGGACUCCAUGACAGACGGAGAGCUCAAGGGUGAGAAACCUUUUACGGAGUCGCGAAUCAUCCGCGUGGCGCAGGGCUCAGGGACAUCUGUCGAGGAGGUCAAGCUCCUUCUUGAUCAGCACAAGCAAUUCAGCAAAAUGGUGGGCAAGAUGGGGAAGAUCGGCCUGACGAAGGAGAGCUCGCUGCAAAACCUCAUGCGGAAUCCGCAGCAGAUGAUGAACAAAGUCCAGUCGAUGCUGGAUCCCCGCAUCUUGCGACAAAUGGGCGGCGCAGGCAACAUGGUUAACCUGAUUCGCGAGCUCCAAUCGAAGGAAGGGAUGGAAGAGAUGCAAGAGGCGAUGCGCCAGAUGGGGAUGGGCGGCGGGUUUCCCGGAAUGGGCGGCAUGCGGCGCUAG